AUGUACCAAAUGAAAAUAUUGACUGAAACAUUGGAAACCAAAGAUCUUAAUAUAGUAGACGCACUGAUAUUAAUUGAUAGUUCAAUUAAAUCACUUACAGAAACUAGAAACAAUAGUACACUGAUUAAUGAACUUAUACCCAGUGCUAAAUCAUUUUGUCUAAAACUAGAUAUUGAUUUUGAUGGGGAUUUUAAUCAACAUCAUAGAAAAAGAUUAAAACCAAAAAAAAAUGAUUCAAAUCAACAAUCACAUGUAAACUUAACUUAUGAAGACUUUUACAGAAAAGAAUUUCUUCAAGUUCUGGACACAUUAAUCGGUUUGUCAUCAGAAGAUUUGAAAUCUUGUCUGAAAAAGCAUUUUCCUUAUUUCCAAAAAAACUGUGACAUGUCUAAUGCAACUGAUUUCAAUAGCGCAUUAUGUGAGAUAAAUAUAUUAAGGCUACAAACUGAAAAUUUGAAAUCAUUGGCUAAUAUCAUGGAUGUAGCCAACAAAUUAAGGACUUUAAUUCCUAUGGCUAAUGAACUUUGUCGUUUGGGUUUGGCAUUAACAUCACCAGUUACCACAGCUUCAAAUGAACGAUGUUUCAGCAAGCUAAAAUUAAUCAAAAACCAUUUAAGAACUACUAUGACCAGUUCCCGAUUAAAUGAUUUGAUUAUACUUGAUUCUGAGAAAGACAUUUUAGAUAAUAUUGAAAUGACAAAUAUGGCAUCGUUAAAAGAAAGAAAAAUUUCGGUGUAA